CAUUGACCAACGGGCUGGCUAACGCCCACCGCACCUACCCCUCUCCCACUCCACUCGACAGCCACAGGCACACCCGCACCCGCUGCGCCCUCCCAGCCGGUCGCUCGUCUAUUAAACGGGGCCCCGGCCCAAUGGUCCACUCUGCGCAGCGAGUUCCACGAGGAGAGAGAAUCCCAGGAAGAACCCAGGGGAGGGUAGAGAGGAAGGUCGGGUUCGGGAGGCCAUGGCUCCGAUGAAGCUGUACGGCGCGACGAUGUCGUGGAACGUGACGAGGUGCGCGGUGGCGCUGGAGGAGGCCGGCGCCGAGUACGAGAUCGUGCCCAUCAACUUCGCCACCGCCGAGCACAAGAGCCCCGAGCACCUCGCCCGCAACCCAUUUGGUCAGGUUCCAGCUUUGCAAGAUGGUGACUUGUGCAUCUGGGAAUCGCGUGCAAUUUGCAAGUAUGCAGCCCGUAAAAACAAACCUGAGCUGUUGAAGGAAGGCAAUCUCGUGGAGUCAGCAAUGGUGGAUGUUUGGAUGGAGGUGGAGGCUAAUCAGUACACCUGUGUGCUGGACGCCAUCCUCUUCCAGUGCCUCAUCAGUCCUAUGCUUGGGGGAACCACCGACCAGAAGGUUGUGGAGGACAACCUUGAGAAGCUGAAGAAGGUGCUGGAGGUGUACGAGGCGCGCCUGACCAAGUACAAGUACCUGGCUGGAGACUUCCUCAGCCUUGCUGACCUUAACCAUGUCUCUGCCACCCUGUGCUUGUUUGCGACACCCCACGCGUCGGUGCUUGAUGGUUACCCUCAUGUGAAGGCCUGGUGGUCUAGCCUGAUGGAGAGGCCAUCUGUUCAGAAGGUUGCGGCUCUGAUGAAGCCAUAAGCUUGAAGUGGUUCUCCUAGUGCAGGUGGUGCGUGGGAAAUAAUCUGAGUUCUGCCUCGCUGUUUGCUUGUUUCGGGUUUUGUGCUGCUAUGAUGUGCCAUCUAUGUUGAAUUUUCAUGCUCUGUGCUAGGAUUCUUGUGAUCUGGUCUUGAAUUGUACUGAAAUGAGCAUUCCUGUGCUCGUCUUGGGAACGCAAUGAUAAUAAACUGUGUUUGGUGACUGCAGAUA